GCAAGACAUGAUGUUAACAUCUAUCCAAUGCAUAUCUAUAUACUACAUUAAUACCAUUAUCAACCUUAGAGCUACAUGAUACUUUGAGAAUAUUUGCUUUUCUUUCUCGAGCCUUCUUUAGCUCCCUGGCUAGAUUACCUAUCUUGAAACCUUUAUCUGCUCUCGUCUAAGAAAAUAAUUUCGAGGUCCCUCCCCUCCCCUCCUCCCGCCAUUUAAAAGCACCUGUUCAACCGAGACCCGAACGCUUUUCUACAUUUUCCAAUUGAAGAGUAACUGGACUCCCAGGUUGCAGUAGGAAAAUAUUUGGAAUUGUAUUUUCCCACGAGUGAUUAAACCGCCAUGGCCUAUACUUCUCGGCCAACCACAAUGCUGCCUCCAGGAACCUCGGCGGCGACAUCUCUCCGGCAGCCAAGUAACCACCAUGCAAUCUCGCAACAGCAGUCAUCAGCUUUGGCAACGCGCAUUGCAUCAAAAAAGGCCGAGCUGGAUAACUUAAAACAACUUUGUGAACUGAGUGGUGCGCUUGCGAUGCAGGUGCAAGCCCUGGAGAGUAAGUUGGGAACACUCAAGGAUGGCACAGAAGCUGUUGCUUGCGUUCUCUCAAAUUGGGGCAAUGUCUUGCGGGCUAUAAGUAUGGCUUCAACUAAAGCUGUGGGUGUAACAGGACCGAGAAACCAAAGAUCAAAUUCUGGAGACAAGGAUGGUGUGUCAAUUGAGCAUCACCUUCCCGCAACACUUGUCCGGAUACCUGCAGAACAACAAGAGAAAUCAAGUGAAUAAUAAAUAGCAGUGCUAUUAUAUUUUUGUACUGUUCUUUUAUCUUUAGUAGGCUUGCUUUCUCUAUUAACUUACUACUAUCUUUUAUAUGGUUUUAACCACCAUUUCUAUGGAUAAUGUAACAAGAGAUACAAUCCAGUGGUGACUGGAACUUCUAUCAGCUUGGGUGAUACCAAUUUUAUGAUCUAGUCUUGAUGGUAUCAAUGAUUCUGCUCUAGUCAGCAUGCUGG